UGCGCGGCGCGGCGCUGCGGAGACCGUUGGUUCAUUUGCAUGUCCCCGCCUCGCGCGGCGGCGGCGGCGGGGCAAAAUAACAUGGCAGCCAGACGAAUUACACAGGAGACUUUUGAUGCUGUAUUACAAGAAAAAGCCAAACGAUAUCACAUGGAUGCCAGUGGUGAGGCUGUAAGCGAAACUCUUCAGUUUAAAGCUCAAGAUCUCUUAAGGGCAGUCCCAAGAUCCAGAGCAGAGAUGUAUGAUGACGUCCACAGCGAUGGCAGAUACUCCCUCAGUGGAUCUGUAGCUCACUCUCGAGAUGCUGGAAGAGAAGGCCUGAGAAGUGACGUAUUUCCAGGGCCUUCCUUCAGAUCAAGCAACCCUUCCAUCAGUGAUGACAGCUACUUUCGCAAAGAAUGUGGCCGGGAUCUGGAGUUUUCUCACUCUGAUUCUCGGGACCAGGUCAUUGGCCACCGGAAAUUGGGGCAUUUCCGUUCUCAGGACUGGAAAUUUGCGCUCCGUGGUUCUUGGGAACAAGACUUUGGCCAUCCAGUUUCUCAAGAGUCCUCUUGGUCACAGGAGUAUAGUUUUGGUCCCUCUGCAGUUUUGGGGGACUUUGGAUCUUCCAGGCUGAUUGAGAAAGAGUGUUUGGAGAAGGAGAGUCGGGAUUAUGACGUGGACCAUCCUGGGGAGGCUGACUCUGUGCUUAGGGGCAGCAGUCAAGUCCAGGCCAGAGGUCGAGCUCUAAACAUUGUUGACCAGGAAGGUUCCCUCCUAGGAAAGGGGGAGACUCAGGGCCUGCUCACAGCUAAGGGGGGUGUUGGGAAACUUGUCACAUUGAGAAAUGUGAGCACAAAAAAAAUACCCACCGUGAAUCGUAUUACUCCCAAAACUCAGGGCACUAACCAAAUCCAGAAAAACACUCCAAGUCCUGAUGUGACCCUGGGGACAAACCCAGGGACAGAAGAUAUCCAGUUCCCCAUUCAGAAGAUCCCUCUGGGGCUGGAUCUGAAGAAUCUUCGGCUCCCCAGAAGAAAGAUGAGCUUUGACAUCAUAGAUAAGUCUGAUGUUUUUUCAAGAUUUGGGAUAGAAAUAAUCAAAUGGGCAGGAUUCCACACCAUAAAAGAUGAUAUUAAAUUUUCCCAACUUUUCCAGACUCUCUUUGAACUUGAAACAGAAACCUGUGCUAAAAUGCUUGCCUCAUUCAAAUGUUCCUUAAAACCAGAGCACAGAGAUUUUUGCUUUUUUACUAUCAAAUUUUUAAAGCACUCUGCUUUGAAAACACCCAGAGUUGAUAAUGAGUUUUUAAACAUGCUUUUAGACAAAGGUGCUGUGAAGACCAAAAAUUGCUUUUUUGAAAUCAUAAAGCCUUUUGACAAGUACAUAAUGAGACUUCAAGACCGGCUUCUGAAGAGUGUCACACCUUUGCUUAUGGCCUGCAAUGCCUACGAGCUAAGUGUCAAGAUGAAGACCCUCAGUAACCCCCUGGACUUGGCUCUUGCCCUAGAAACCACCAACUCUCUCUGCCGGAAGUCUUUGGCCCUUUUGGGACAGACAUUCUCCUUGGCCUCUUCUUUCCGGCAGGAGAAAAUCUUAGAAGCUGUCGGCCUGCAAGAUAUAGCUCCCUCACCUGCUGCGUUUCCAAACUUCGAAGACUCCACUUUGUUUGGGCGAGAGUACAUAGACCACCUGAAGGCCUGGCUAGUCAGCAGCGGAUGUCCCCUCCAGGUUAAGAAAGCCGAACCAGAGCCGACGCGAGAGGAGGAGAAAAUGAUUCCUCCUACGAAACCUGAAAUUCAGGCCAAGGCUCCAAGUAGUCUGAGUGAUGCUGUCCCCCAGCGAGCAGAUCACAGGGUAGUGGGCACCAUCGACCAGCUUGUGAAACGUGUCAUCGAAGGCAGCCUGUCUCCCAAAGAGAGAACUCUUCUCAAAGAGGACCCUGCUUACUGGUUUUUGUCUGAUGAAAAUAGUCUGGAGUAUAAAUAUUACAAGCUGAAGUUGGCAGAAAUGCAGCGGAUGAGCCAGAACUUGCGAGGAGCCGACCAGAAGCCGACCUCAGCAGACUGUGCGGUGAGGGCCAUGCUGUACUCCCGGGCUGUCCGCAACCUCAAGAAGAAACUCCUUCCGUGGCAGCGGCGGGGGCUCCUCCGUGCUCAAGGGCUCCGGGGCUGGAAGGCGAGGAGAGCGACCACCGGGACCCAGACCCUCCUAUCCUCAGGCACCAGGCUGAAACACCACGGCCGGCAGGCUCCAGGCCUCUCACAGGCAAAACCAUCCCUGCCAGACAGAAAUGAUGCUGCCAAGGACUGCCCGCCAGACCCAGUUGGACCUUCUCCUCAGGACCCCAGCUUAGAAGCCUCAGGCCCAUCCCCCAAGCCAGCAGGAGUGGACAUCUCUGAAGCACCUCAGACCUCUUCUCCCUGCCCAUCUGCUGACAUUGACAUGAAGACAAUGGAGACUGCAGAGAAACUGGCUAGAUUUGUUGCUCAGGUGGGACCAGAGAUCGAACAAUUCAGCAUAGAAAACAGCACCGAUAACCCUGACCUGUGGUUUCUACAUGACCAAAAUAGUUCUGCUUUCAAAUUCUAUCGAAAGAAAGUGUUUGAACUAUGUCCAUCAAUUUGUUUCACGUCAUCUCCGCACAACCUUCACACUGGUGGCGGUGACACCGCGGGUUCUCAGGAGAGCCCCGUGGACCUCAUGGAAGGGGAAGGAGAGUUUGAAGAUGAGCCCCCUCCGCGGGAGGCUGAGCUGGAGAGCCCAGAGGUGAUGCCUGAGGAGGAGGACGAGGACGAUGAGGAUGGGGGAGAGGAGGCCCCCGCUCCCGGAGGGGCGGGCAAGUCUGAGGGCAGCACCCCUGCUGACGGCCUUCCCGGCGAGGCUGCCGAGGACGACCUGGCUGGAGCACCUGCCUUGUCACAGGCCUCCUCAGGUACCUGCUUCCCUCGGAAGAGGAUCAGCAGCAAGUCAUUGAAGGUUGGCAUGAUUCCAGCUCCCAAGAGAGUGUGUCUCAUCCAGGAGCCAAAAGUCCAUGAACCAGUUCGAAUUGCCUAUGACAGGCCUCGGGGUCGUCCCAUGUCCAAAAAGAAGAUGACGUUGGCACAAGCCUGGAGGAGCUGAGGAGAAACGGUGUAGAGAUCUGAGAAGGGCACAGCCUCGGUAGAGAGGCUGGGGCAGCAAGAGGCCUUUGUGGCAGCAGAGGAAUCCGGGGGAUGGUCACACAGGACCUCAACAGAUGUUAACGCUGUGGCCCUUUCUCAGGGAAGGGAGGGUACCUCUGGGACCUGUGGUGGACGUGGCCACUAGGGUGGAGAGCAGCCUGUGGGCGGGAACCAGGAGGAGGCUCAAACUUAAGACAGUUGGACCAGGGCAUGAGGAGCAAUAAGAAGGGGUGAAGAUGGAGUGGGUGACACCUGCUUGUGGGCUGGGUGUGCAAAAGCCAGGAGUCCAGAUGACCCCAGGGUAGUCAGCUUGGGUAGAAGAGGGACAGAACUGCCAUUCACUGAACUGGAGCCAGGUUAUGGAAAGGGGACAGGUACACUCCAGAUGGCCUGGGGGACACAAUGCUGGGGGCAAGCAGGGUCACCUGGGACACAUGUGGAGAGACUUCACCGGUCCUUCAUGGUCAGGGAGGAGGGCGGGGAGCCAGGCGAGGUCGCUCUGCUGGUGUCAGGCAGUGCCAUGUUGCUUCCAACCCCUUCCGAGUAACCUAGGUCAGUCUGACCCCAAUUAUGGCAGGAAGGAGGGACCUUCCCGAGUCCAGAGCUCAUAGUCCUUACUGAUGUGCCAGGUUUUAGGCUGAGCUGGCAUCUGGUGCCCCUUUGUGUGGCCUGGAUAAGGGCACGGCCAGAUGAGGGCACAGCAGGGCCUUGGCGUCAGGCACAGCUGUACUCUAGCUCAGCCCUGCCACCGAGUAGUUUUGUAACCUUGGCGUGUAACCCCCGAGCCACGGGUUUGUCUGUAAAAUGGGAUGGCCACACUUACCCAGCAGGUAGGAGGUACGGUGAAGAUUAAACUGAAUGCGGUUCCUGGUGGGUGUCCUGCACAUGCUGCUGUCUCCUUGGGGCUCUGCACCUGUCCUCCUGUCUGCCAGUGACUGUGGGUGGAAGGGAGGCUGUGGUGGCUGCAGCUUUCCUCUGCAAACCUCCAGCUCGCCCACAGGGCUUGGCUUUCCUUCAGCUGUCCAGGAAACCACCAUCAUGAUUGUUAAACACAGAUUUGAACAUUCACGAAGAAACUUCCAGGCUGAGCCAACCCCUCUUCCUCCCGCUGCACCUCCAAGCAGCCUUCCUGAAAGGGAAAAGAGUACAGACCUGCCCUCUGGAGACCCCUGUGCCCUGCCAUGACCAGCCUUUCCCCUUCCUUCCCUACCCGUCAUCCCAGGGCCUAGGUCGUGCACAGCUCCCAGGAGGGCCUGAUGGAUGCCCUGUUUCUCAUCUCAGCCGGUGGGUUCUGUCACCUCUUUUCUCCAGGCCACUUUCUCAUGGCAAGGGGCCCCCCAGUGUAGCAGGUCCUGUCUGGUGUCCCCUGGCUUGCAGGGGUGUCUCUUCACUGUUUGUGCCCCUCUUCCUGUCCUAGCCCAUAGCAUAGCUCCUCCCUUCAUACCUCCCCUCCUUAACUGCCCUGCAGAGACACUUCUGCCCACACCACCUCACCAAGACCACCUCAUGCCAUUAUGGAGGGGCCGCCUGCAUCCAGUAACUCACACACGCACACACACAAGAUACACACAAGAUACACACACGUGCACGCAUAUGCACACACACAGCUACUUUAUAUAAUACUCUCAGAGAUGCCUCUGAAGAGAACAAAGGGAAUUUCCCUCCGCCUUUGAAGGUCUGAGUCUAAGCCUGUUGAAAUGAACUGACAAUAAGAAGAUUAACAGGAUAAAAAAAGGUGUGCGGUGGCUUACACCUGUAAUCCCGGGACUUUGGAAGGCCAAGGCAGGGGGAUCACUUGAGCCCGGGAGUUCAAGACUGCAGUGAGCCAUGAUGGAGCCACUGCACUCCAGCCUGGGUGACAGAGCAAGAUCCUGUCUCGAAACAAAAAAGUUAUACAUAUUCAUUCAUGUGCAUAAGCACAGGAGCCAUAUAAAACAUUAUGAAAACUCAAAGAAGGGCCAGGUGGUUGAAGCUGAAAUACCUCUUUGUAGGGGAGAGGGCAGAUGGGAGGCUGUAGGUAACUUUAGAGGGGAAGCAGAUGAUUUUAGGAGAGAUGGAGGCAGGCAUCAUCUUGUGAAUGAUCCUCAUUGAGAAUUGAAUGGGACUAGAGAACAGCCAGUGGUCUGGGCUCUAGGUGUGGUGUUUAAUGUUCCAUCUCUUCCUGUGUGAUAGGAGUUUUCAACUCUGGUUAAUGACAUUUCAGGGAAGGGAUCCAAGGCCCUUGUGUUCUUCUUUGGCAAGUCCAGUUUCUAGGUAGAUAGGGAAUUUGAAGAAAACAGCUUCCUCCUGUGCUUUGGGAGGGACCUUGAGGCUGCUACUUUAGUCCCACCUGUCAAAGUGCUAUAAUUCGGGGUAUCCCUUUCUUUCUUUUUUUUUUUUGAGACGGAGUCUCCCUUUGUCGCCAAGGCUGGAGUGCAGUGGCAUGAUCUCAACUCACUGCAACCUCUGCCUCCCAGGUUCAAGGGAUUCUCCUGCCUCAGCCUCUGGAGUAGCUGGGAUUACAGGGGCAUGCCACCACACCUGGCUACUUUUUGUAUUUUUAGUAGAGAUGGGGAUUCACCAUGUUGGUCAGGCUGGUCUCAAACUCCUGACAUCAUGAUCCACGCACCUUGGCCUCCCAAAGUGCUGGGACUACAGGCGUGAGCCACCGCGCCCAGCCUUAGGGUAUCCGUUUCUGACCCCCUACAUCUUGCUGCAUGUUGAGUUCUCAGCACCUCUUCAGGUUGUUUUGUCCCUUUCUAGGGUGAGAACACUGAGGCCCCAGGAGCUCCAGAGGCCCAGGCCUUCCUUACGGGAGCACUUGCUCUCUCCUCCCUCCCUCCCUCCUGACCUGAGGCCUGCUCUCUCCCUUCUCCCUUUCCUCUCCCAGCCCCUGGCUCCCCCAGGCUCAGCCUUUUGUGCCUUGUCUCCAAGCUCCUUUGUCUCUGGAGUGCCUCCCACAUGCACCCCUAACGUUAGGGAAGCUGAUUCCUGGGCACCUCAAUGCAGAUGGCAAGGGGGGGAUUUGUCUUUUGGUUGAAUUGUACCUCGUGAGGCCUGCAUGACAUCAUGGGGCAGGUUGCUAAGCUGAUGAGGGCUGACUGCCCGAAGACCUGAGCUCACAGCACUCAGCAUGCCCUUCUCACCCUGCUUCUCAGGCCCAGGGUCAUCUAACCCUCUCCCAGCCACUCCCACCUGUCCCCUGCUCAGACCCCCAGCACCAGCCGCCGUGAUCCUCCUCAGCACCUUCCUCCCUCCCUCUCAAGAGCACAUGAACCCUCACAGCCUCCCCAGGUCGUUCAGUAAAUGCCUUAAAUAAAUACAUCAGCCAGGCGCAGUGGCUCAUGCCUGUAAUCCCAGCACUUUGUGAGGCUGAGGCGGGCAGAUCAGCUGAGGUCAGGAGUUUGAUCAAGACCAGCAUGGUUAACAUGGCGAAACCCCGUCUCUACUAAAAAUACAAAAAUAGGUGGGCGUGGUGGCACACGCCUGUAAUCUCAGCUACUCGGGAGGCUGAGGCAGGAGAAUCGCUUGAACCCAGGAGGCGGAGGUUACAAUGAGUUGGGAUUGCAUCACUGCACUCCAGCCUGGGCAACAGAGCAAGACUCCGUCUUAAAAAAAAAAAAACAUCAAAAGCUGGGUGCAGUGGCACAUACCUGUAGUUCCAGUUAAUGGGGAGACUGAGGUGGGAGGAUCACUUAAAGCCGGGAAUUCGAGACCAGCCUGGGCAACAUAGCAAGACUCUAUAUUUAAAAAAAAUACACACAAGUUUUGUAUUUUGUUUCUUUUUUUAGACAGUCUCAUUGUGUUGCCCAGGCUGGAAGGCGGUGGCAUGGUCUCCGCUCACUGCAACCUCUGCCUCCCAGGUUCAGGUGAUUCUCAUGCCUCCGCCUCCCAAGUAGCUGGGAUUACAGGUGCCUGCCACCAUGCCUGGCUAAUUUUUGUAUUUUAGUAGAGACGGGGUUUUGCCACGUUGGCCAGGCUGGUCUGGAACUCCUGACCUCCAGUGAUCCACCCACCUCGGCCUCCCAAACCGCUGAGAUUACAGGCAUGAGCCACCACGCCCAGCCCACCCACACAAGUUGACUCGUGAAGAGCCAAGGAAUACAUGGCAAGGUCUUGGACUGCCCAGCUGGGCUCUGUCACACAGCAGUGUGUUACGAAUAUUCAUGAGUGAAUAGAAAUUGCUUCUGCUACAGCCCUGCAGGCUCCUCCUCCAGAGGCCCCAGGGCCCUGUCUGUCUCCAGAUCUCCAUCUAGUGGCCCAGAGAUUGCUGCACUUCCCCACCACCCACAGGAGCAAUCACAGCUGUACUAGCUCUCAGUGAGGUCUGCUCUGUGCUAGACACAGACCCCAGUGUCCAAGUAGAACUCAGUCCCGAGGACAGACAGACAAUGCAGCCAGGGAGUGAAUGAAGCACUGGGGGAGGGAUAUGUUGGGGUGGUUCAGGGAGGGUGCUGCCAGCCAGUUCUCACCCACUGUCUGGCCCCCAUCCUGCCUGCAGGCCUGUGCCCUGGUGCCCCCCACUCUUCCCUGGGCUGCGCCCUGUGGUCAUCACAGGGCCACCCUUCUUUAUCCAGGGUUCCGCUGAGGGCCUUCCUACUGACUCCUUGACCCCGGGACUGGCCACUCCCUUACCCAGUUUUCCUCACAGUCUUGGCACCAGGGUUAUAGUGGUAGCUGAGAGGCACGACUGACCUCAGGCCAGUGACCUCUGACUUAGAAGUUCCAUCCCACCCAGGGAUGUUGCAGAGAACUGGGAAAGUGAUUGGAGCUUGAGCCUGAGCAUCUGGGGAGUCAGGAGGGCAUUUGGGGGUGAGGGGCUCCAGGCAUAGCCUAGGACAGACCCUUGAUCCAGGCAUCUCCCUGUGGCCCACAUGCCUGGACUCU